CGUAAAUAAAUUGAUGCGCGAACAUAACAUCGUUACAAAAUAUUGGAUUUUGGAUAUUUUAUUAAUGGCAGUGCUGAUAUAAUCAAGAAGAUUAACAUAUGUGUCAAAAAUGUCUGGUAGAUAUUGGAGAUUGUAUACUAAUCACUGUUAUUGAACGCGCUAACAAUAAAAGGAUAAUUUGUUUUCGCUCCACAUUCAUAUUUCAUGCAUCAACCUAACUGAAUGACAUUGUUUGAAAUUAAUAAAAACCUCAGGAUCAAGCGAUUUUACGUUUGAUGAUGGAAUGCUGAAGAAUGAAGUACAACAUACUGUAGAUUGAUUCAUGGAUCAAUCUAUAGAAGAUGUCAAAACUCUAACUAUUAGGGUGAUCGACCAUAUGUGUAAAAUCCCUUCAGAUCAAGGAUAUAGUUCAAAUGAGUUCAGAUCAGUCAUUCGCCUUUUCGACAGAAGUUUUUUUGCCAUCGAGACAUCUAAAAACGCAGUGGAAGAUUAUCGCCUUUGGAUAGCUACAAAUGUGUUAUCUAGUGGUGAGUACCCCUACCGUCUUACUCAGAUCUUUACCAACUUGGGGGAAUAUUCCUUCAGAUCUCUGAGUGUUGGGAAAGAAUCCUACAAUGAACAGUACAUUGAAUUGCUAUCAUCCUUUCAGUUGACUUUGUGCAAUUAUCUUGAACUAAGUGAAUUACUGGCAGAGAAAAUGUCGAUGCAAGAUGCUUAUUUGAAGGAAAUAUAUCGUAUUCAUCAAGCCAUGUUGUCUUACGACGGAACUUGUAGUGAGGAAAAGAAAAUCACGUUGGUGAUAGAAAUAGUUGUGAAAACCCUUUACAACAUGCUGCAACAUGAAAGCCCAAUAAUAUGUUCUGCCCUCAAAAAGCAUAAUCUCAUAGAUAUUGUUACACAUUAUUCAAAGUCUACGAAUACUAAUUUGCAAAUAGCUUCUUAUCUAAGCUUAGCGUACAUCUAUAAUGAAGAAGAUCAGCUAAUACCUGGGGAUAACGAAAACAUAAGUUUUUUGGUGAACAUGCUCGCUUCUGCUCUUGAUAAACCCUUGAAAAGGAUAUAUGGUUACUCAUGUGAAGAAAUCUUAAAAGGUUUGAGACUCUUGGGAUCUAGUAGUCGAAACAAACAGUCCAUAUGCCAGUCGGCUAUACUACAAAGCAUUCAGUGCACUAUAAAAACACUUAAAGGAAAAGUAUUAGAAGAAGUUAUACUUCUUCUGCUGAAAUUAACACUCAACUCUGGAAUAAGAGGCAGAAUAAGAAGAGACUUUGGGGUCAUAUUGAAGGAUUUAGAUAUAUCUUUCAAAGCGGAAGAGUCUGAAACCUCAAACAACAUAAAGAAGGCACUUAAUAGCAUUUUAUGGCAGAUGAGUCAAGAUAACAGUUCAUUAGAUUAUGAAUUCAACUUAAAUUCUUCUACACAACUUGAACAUUUAAUGAUAAGUUAUAGCCAUAAACAGAAAGAAAUUGCAAUAAAUCUUACAAAACAUUUAAAGGAAAAGGGAUAUAAGGUAUGGUUUGAUCAAGACAAUCUGAAAUAUGCUGCAAAUACAUUUAGAAGUAUGGCUGAAGCCAUAGAAAAAUCUUAUGCUGUAUGUAUUAUAUAUUCCGAAAAUUAUAAAAAUAGCGAAUAUGCUGAAAUGGAAGCAACAUAUGCAGUUUGUUUGAAAAAACCAAUUAUUUGUUUACGUGUACAACGUGACUACAAACCAAAGGGUUGGCUUGGUCUUAUAACUGCCCGAGAAAAUCGUAUUGACAUUUCUGGGAAGUAUCCAUUUGAUGAGUAUUUUUCUACUUUAUGUCGAAGAAUCGAUGAAUGCAUAAAAAUCAAAACGGAUCAUUGUAGUUGAUCACAAAUAUUUCUCGAUUUAAUCUUGACGUGAUUUUUGAAUGGACGAAAGGAUUUUACGCACCUGGCAACAAAUAACCUCUAAACAUAACUCACAAUGUGUGUAAUCAAAUUCAAACUUAAAACAAAUGUGAAGAUUGUAUGUUUUUGAUUUGAUUUUUUAAAUGCCAUUGUAAACUAUGUAUGUAUACUGCAUACAUUUCAGAUAUCUUUAUGCAAGGAAUUAUGAGUGUACACUUCCAUUUAUUUUAAAUCUUCUUAGUGGAAUGUUCACGGUUUACUAGAUUUCAUUCUUUAUCUUUUAUUUACUUAUUGAAAUUUCUAUUUUAUUGAUGAUUUCUUUCGAAAAAUUUCAUUACUUUAUUUAAAAAACAAAAUCAGUUUUAUUUAUCUUGGCUCAUCCAAGUAUCAUUGUUAAGCACUAGUGAAAAAGGUAUAUGUUACAUUGCAUUUAAUAGUGUUAUGUCUACAAUUAACAUAUUUUGAGAAUGAAGCAUACUUGGAAGAAUUUUGUCAUGAUAAUGUAACUGUUGAAGUGUAACUUUUUUCCGAUAUUCUAAAUAAAACAGUUAUGACUUAUAAAAAUUGAUCCGUUGAAUGUCGUUCAGUCCGAAAUUCUGUAAUGCUUCCAACUAAACAUGAAAUAUUUUGGUGAUAAUUCAAACGUUUUUAUAUGUUUCAUUAACAAAUGGACGAGAAUAUUCUUGGUUUCGAUGAUUUCAAUGGACGUUGUUACUUUUGAUCCAUCUACUAUGUACAAUUUGAUAAGUAUGAUUGAUUGAAGCAACUAGAACGUUUGGAAUGUUUGAAGAAAAAAACUUGAUACCUGGAUAAUGUAAAAUUAAUGAUAAAACGUAUUUGUAGU